AUGUACAAGCAGCUGGCUUACGUGGGGGCCGUGGCCGGCUACUGCGUGACAGUGACGGCGAUUAUCUGUUUUGUGCUGAACCGCAUUCCCGGGCUCAAGAUGCGCGCGAGCGAGGAGGGCGAGCAGAACGGCAUGGACGAGGACCAGAUCGGCGAGUUUGCGUACGACUACGUCGAGGUGAGACGCAACUUCUUCGACCUCAACCUCAGCAAGCUGACCCCGAUCAACGGCGAGCUUGUGCGCGAGGUGGCCCAGGAGUCGCUCUCCGACCAGCCCGCAGAGAAGCAGAACGAGGAUAGCAACAAUUCGUAG